AAUAAAAUGGGAAAAUUUAUUUCCUUGAACCCAUAAAACCCGCGAGCAUUGCUAAUAUAAACAGAGUGUGCAAAAAGCAGACACUGAUAGAUUUAUCAUAUGUCUCACUCCUCUCACUCUCAUCCCCUACAAAUUGCAUUAAAAACUAGAACUACAAAAAGCAUUCAGCAACACACACACUUUCACAAAACCAAAAACAAAGACAGAGUGUGUUUGUGUUGAAAAAGAUGAGGAAUAACAAGUUUAAGCUCUCAGAUAUGAUUCCAAAUGCUUGGUUUUACAAGCUUAAGGAAAUAGGUAAAGGAAAAAACCAAACACCAACACCUUCUAAGAACAAACAACAACCUUCUUCAUUAGCCUCAACAAAAACAACCUUAAAACAAAAUCAACCAAAUCAAUGCAAUCCUAGAAAAUCAUACUACUUCACAAGAGACCUUAAACAAGACAACAGCCUCAACAACACCAACAAAUUUUUCACUUCACCAAAAACAACUCAACCACAAUCACCAUCCAAAAACAGAACAAGAAAAAGAACAACUACAACAUCAAAGUCAAAACCAAAAACAUGUUCUUCUUCACCAAAACAUGCUACCUCUUCAGUUUCUGCAGGUUGUAGCUGUCGAACAACGCUUGAAUCAGUGUGGACAAAAUCUGAUUCUCCACACGAAAACUCGUCCUCAUCUCCACUUGAUAGUUUUACUGGGUCAGGGUCAGAAUCCCCUGACCCAGAAUUUAGAACAGACCGUGUUCUAAUUCCAAACGAAACAUCUUCGUUCGACAAAAUGGUUUCGUUGUCUACUACUUCUUGUGCUUGUAACAAAAUCUCCAACAACAACAUUGAUGAUAUUGUUAUUGAUGUUGACAAGAAUUCUCUAGCUAGAAAAGAUGAUAAACUUAAAAGGUAUGAUUAUUCAUAUGAUUCUUUUUCAAAGCUAGAACUUCCUCGUAUCAUUACAAAAUCUCCGAUGAAAAAAGAACACAAACCCAUCAAAGAAGAGUCUCUAAAGAUUAAAAUUUUGAAUCAACAACAACAAGAGAAGAAGAAAAAGAAGAAGAUAAUUGGUUCUGCAAAUUCUCCUGGAUUGAAACUUCGUUUAAAGUCUCCAAGAAUUGCUUCUAUAAAGAAAGUCCAAUUUCAUCAUGGCCAGAAAAGCGCAACUUCUGGCUACCGGAGAAGCUUCUCCGGUAGCCUGGCAAUAGUGAAGUCAUCUUUUAAUCCUCAAAAGGAUUUUAGAGAGUCAAUGGUUGAGAUGAUUGUUGAGAAUAACAUAAGAGCAUCUAAGGAUUUGGAAGAUCUUCUUGCUUGUUACCUUUCAUUGAAUUCAGAUGAGUAUCAUGAUCUUAUUAUCAAGGUUUUUAAGCAAAUAUGGUUUGAUUUGACUGAAACAGGGUAGAGAAAUAGUAAAAUUAUUAUUUUUCAUAUUAAUUUUUUUAAUGUGUAUUAUAUAUCUAUAUUUAUGUAUGUAAUAAUAAUUAUGGUAAUAAUAAUAUAUCUUGUACCUUCAAUCAAGGUUUGA